CAAGAUACAACCCUAAGCUGUGGGCAGCAUCCAUGACUGAGUACGGUAUCAUUCUAACGUCGUAGGCCUUACGACGGAAGGUCUCUUUUGCACGCGACACUACAAGGCUCUAUUCCAUGUCACAUAUUGUAUUGUUCUGCCCAAGCAAGCUAUCACGGACUCCCAGUUCUCUAAGCGGUCAUGCUAACUCCUGCUAUACCCACAAUAACUUUAGCCCUCCUACUUGGCAUAGUUGUCUACCGUCUUGUAUUCUAUCCUAUACUUCUCUCUCCCCUUGCUAAAAUCCCAUCAGCUCACUGGACAGCACCCUUCUCCCGGUUAUGGAUCCUUUAUUACCGUAGCCGUCAGCAGGAAACGCCAACUGUCCACAAUGCUCACGCCCGCCUUGGUCCAAUCGUACGUCUAGCUCCCAAUGAGAUCUCAGUGAACUGCGUUGAUGGCGGGAUCCGCACCAUCUACGCCGGCGGCUACGAGAAGGGUGACUGGUACAUCAACGUCUUCAACAACUACGGCAUCCCCCCAAUGUUCUCCAUGCCCGAGCACGGUCCGCAUUCGAGACGGAGACGCAUGUUCUCCAAUAUCUACGCCAAGAGCACGCUGCAAAACUCAGCGGCUCUGACGACCAUCACCAAGACUCUCCUCAAAGACCGGCUCGUGCAGCGCAUGCGAGAGAUGAGCAGAUCGGACAAGCCAAUCGAGUUCUACUAUCUCUUCACAGCCAUAACCCUGGACUUCGUCUCCGCUUACGUCUUCGGACUGGCGAAUGCGAGUCGAUGCAUUGAGAAGCCGGAUCUGGACCGCGCGUUCUUCGAAGACUACAAGAUGCGGCAACCUUAUCAGUUCUGGCCGCAAGAGAUGCCGAUACUGACAGCGUUACUGGAGCGCACCGGACUCAAAUGGCUCAUUGUGCCUCACAAAGUGAGCAGCACCAAUAAUGGGAUCGAGGCGUGGAUUCUUCAGCUGUGCGAUCAGGCUGAGAUUGUCAUGCGAGAAGCCGACGGCGGAAAGGAGCCUGCAAAGCCAGAGGAUUGGCCGACAGUCUAUGCUCAGCUGAGGAAUGCGCUAAGUAGGGAUCUGUUGAAGCAGGAUCUCGAGCUCGGGGCGGACGCUUCGGUGCAAACGCAGAGAAUGACUAAAGCAAGCGAGAUGCUGGAUCAUACACUUGCCGGCUUUGAUACUUCGAGUAUUCUACUGACAUUCUUCGCCUGGCGACUAAGUCGGCCAGAGAACGCGACAUGGCAGGAGAAGCUGCGCAAGGAGUUUGCCGGCCUGACGGACGAGUUUGACGCGAAAGCUGUUGAUGCACUUCCUAUGCUACACGCUGCGCUGAUGGAGACGUUGAGGCUGCAUGCUUCCAUCCCUGGCAAUCAGCCACGAAUCACGCCCGCCGCGGCAACGCUUGGUGUAUCAGAUCACGCCGUAUCCGGCAUACCAGCAGGCGUGAGGGUGCAGUCACAGGCAUGGUCUCUGCACCGUAAUCCCCAGGUCUUCCCUGAUCCUGAAGCUUGGAGGCCGGAGCGUUGGCUGGAGUCGAGCGAGACGCAAAUGCGUGAGAUGAACCGCUGGUUCUGGGCCUUUGGCUCAGGCGGCCGUAUGUGUGUUGGCUCCAACCUAGCGAUGUACGACAUGAAAGCGAUCAUCGUGGCGAUCUGGAGCCGCUUCGAAACAGAAGUGGUGUUCGAUGAGGGAAUGACUCACAAGGGCGGCUAUGUCGCCGAACCAGCUGGAAAAGAUGGACGAGUUUUAGAGCUCAGAGUUACCGAACUGUAGAUAUCUUCAUCACCAAAAUGCUCCCGUGGUGAUGGCAA